AGUCCCGAGCCGUUGGCUCGAGGGACGACGGAGCGUUUCAGUAGUAAACACCAGUUGGCGUAAGACAGUGCCGGAUGGCUGUCAUAUUUUCACGCUCGCUACCACGAUACGUGGUGUGUAUACGAUCUGACGGCGGUGUGUACCCGCUGUUAACCGCGUGUGCGUUCAUGUUCACGUUCACGUUCGCAUUCGUUUCUUAAGGAACCUGUGCAAGUAUUUGUGCUUGCUUGCGUGCGUGCCUGCGUACAGAAGACUUACUUUGCCCUCGUGUUUCGGAGAGUGGUCGUGACGACGCGGUUGUUACUCGUCGUGGCAUUGGCCACUACUAGCUACAUCGAAAGUGCACACCGUUAUUACUUUUACGUAUUCAAUUCCGACGUCGCACCUGCUCCGUGUCGUUCACCGAGGCGCCUGGUCGCCCCGUCCUCCUAACUUCCUGUCUACCUGGCGACGAAGCAAGGUGGAGGUUGAAGUUAGAAAUUAUUGGGAGACUAACAGGUGGAUAAGGGUUGAAAUUCGUGAAGUAGCACCACGCGUCACGCAGGGGUGGUGGGUCUAUGGGGGGCUCCGCCCCAGCGGCCCCCCGGCUCCAAUCCAAACGGAAACUGCCGAAACGGUGGCAUUCUGGCAAGGUCCAAGACCGCCCCGCUUCCGGUACCACCGUCCAAACGGAUGAAGAGCCCCUCCAACAUCAUGAGGCAGUCUAGCCUCACCAAGCUUGGUUCCAUGAUCAAUACUGCCGUGAACAAGAGAGUCGGCAAUGGCGACAUACAAUGGUGUUUCUCGCAAGUAAAAGGAACAUUGGAAGACGAUGUCACAGAAGCUGAUAUAAUCUCGUGCGUUGAAUUUAAUCACGAUGGCGAUCUUCUUGCAACGGGAGAUAAAGGUGGACGGGUUGUUAUUUUUCAAAGAGACCCCAUUAGUAAAAACAGUAUACCUCGGAGAGGUGAAUACAAUGUAUACAGCACCUUCCAAAGUCAUGAACCUGAAUUUGAUUACCUGAAAUCAUUAGAGAUAGAAGAAAAAAUUAACAAAAUUAGGUGGCUAAAAAGGAAAAAUCCUGCACAUUUUUUACUUUCCACAAAUGAUAAAACUAUUAAAUUGUGGAAAGUUAGUGAACGCGAUAAAAGAGUAGAGGGUUAUAAUACAAAGGAAGAAAAUGGUACGAUUCGUGAUCCUGCUUGUAUCACUUCCUUGAGGGUACCAACUAUAAAACCAAUGGAAUUAAUGGUAGAGGCAUCACCAAGAAGAAUAUUUGCCAAUGCGCACACCUAUCAUAUAAACAGUAUAAGUGUCAACAGUGAUCAAGAGACAUACCUCAGUGCUGAUGACCUUAGAAUUAAUCUUUGGCAUCUUGAGAUCACAGACCAGAGUUUUAAUAUAGUAGACAUUAAGCCAACUAAUAUGGAGGAAUUAACAGAAGUUAUAACUGCUGCAGAAUUUCAUCCAGCAGAGUGUAAUGUCUUGGUAUAUAGUAGUAGCAAAGGAACAAUUAGACUUUGUGACAUGAGAUCUGCUGCACUUUGUGACCAACACAGUAAACUUUUUGAAGAACCAGAAGAUCCAACAAAUCGAAGUUUUUUCUCUGAAAUAAUUUCAAGUAUAAGCGACGUAAAACUUAGUAAUUCAGGAAGAUAUAUGAUCAGUAGAGACUACCUCAGUGUGAAAGUGUGGGAUUUACAAAUGGAAACAAAACCCAUUGAAUGUUACCCUGUACAUGAAUACCUAAGAUCAAAGUUAUGUUCAUUGUAUGAGAAUGAUUGCAUCUUUGACAAAUUUGAGUGUUGCUGGAGUGGUAAUGAUUCCGCAAUUAUGACAGGUUCAUAUAAUAAUUUCUUCAGAGUGUUCGAUCGUACAACUAAACGUGACCUCACAUUGGAAGCAGCACGUGACAUUGCCAAACCAAAAACACUUCUAAAACCACGUAAAGUCUGUACUGGUGGUAAACGUAAAAAAGAUGAAAUUAGCGUCGACUGCCUGGAUUUCAAUAAAAAGAUAUUACAUACUGCUUGGCAUCCAUCUGAAAAUGUGGUAGCUGUUGCUGCUACGAAUAAUCUCUUCCUAUUCCAAGACAAACUCUAGCACAUCUGUAUGCAAAUUAUACAACGGUAUAUAUUGACGUGAGCAGGGCACGUUCAACUAAAAUGUUCCAGUGGAACAAGUGGUGUCUGAAUUACAUUGACGAAAGUCGACUACUAAUGUGUCAAUGAUUGACUGACCGAAGAGUGGUGUACGUAGCGCCGUCCACGCAGCUCACAUUAUUCAUACACAUUAUGUACACACAGACAUACAGAAUUGCACGUAACACCUUGUCGCGCGUUAUGUGUAUAUAAAUGCAUGCAAGCAGAAACAUAUGUAUAGCUCUUCAAACUACCAAAAUCCGCUAGUUCAAAUAAAAUGCACGUGGAAUCAUUGCCCAUUGAUGAAAAACUGUAUAGUUCAACCAAAUGACAGACUCGUGUUGGCGGUUAUUGAUUAACUAUUUUAACGAGAUAUCAAUGUGUUCCGUUUGCUUGUACCGUACAAAUUUUGAUACCGUUCGUUUUGGAACGCUUUUUACAGAGACACCUUUUUCACUCAUGGAACGGUAUUUAUUAAAGAAAUAUGAUAAAAUAAUCAAAUUCGAAGAACGAAAGAUCGCUAAACGCGAUUACGCGGCACUCUCGGUAGAUGACCGUGACACCUACAUUUAUUCAGUAAGUUAAUUUGCAACAUGAAAAAAUGCCUAAGAAGUGUAAAAUUAAAAAGCGGAAGUGGUCGUAUGUGCCAAUGAGAUUUAGCUGUAACAUUUCAUCCUUUUAUUCUCAACUCAGUAUUCUUCUUCGUAAGCUUUCAUGUAGUACAGUUUUAUUACUUUCAAUAGAUAGUUAAUUCAAAAUUAUCGAAAUUAUUGUUUCUUCGUAAAGUUUGUUGAUCCUAGAAUAAAGAUAUUUUCGUAAUUAAUAAUAAUAGCAUUAAAUGUGUUAAUGUAUGCCGGCAGUUACCAUUACAAAGUAAUCAAGCUUUCGAUAAUUUGAAUUAGUCAUUUAUCAUGAUUAUUUAAUCAGGGAUAAUAUUAAAUCAUAGGCCUAUUAUUAUCUAUUUUUUGUCUUCUUUUUUUUAAAUAAAAUAUGUAUGUUUUACGUAUACCUUUUACGGUAUGUUGAUCAAAAUACAAAUAUUCGCCGAUACGAGUCAAAAUCUGGAAUGAUACAAACUUCACCGUUUGCUGAAAAUUCAUGGAUAAAUAAUUUGCAUCAACGCAUUACAUACAUUAAGCAAUAAAAAACAGCAUAGGUGUAAAUCACCAUUUAUCGAUUGCCGCUUUCAGAACAAAAAUAAUAACUCGAUCAAGAGGUACAUGGAAAUUCUGGUAACUGUUAGAUGAAAUACAGAUUUUCUAAUAUUUCGUAUUGAUAACUUAUUAACACUUAUACACUUAUGCAUAUAAACAGCGAUUUCGUACACAGACUAAAAUUAAGAAAAGUGCAUUUGACGAUGGUAAGCUGGGCUUGCAGAGUUUAUGUAAACUAAAUGUGCUGAAUAAUGUACGUUUAUUAGCGGAAUGUAAUUUUUCAACUUUCGAAAUUUAGAGGAAUAAAAUUUGAACGUAACAAUAACCGAAAUAUACGCACGGUUUAUCGAUUGCGAUCAAGGUGAAUAACAUUGAAAUUUUCUAAUCGAUUAAAAAGAAACAGUGAAAAAAUGUCUUAGCAGGACAUAGCUUAUAUCGGUGACUUAAAUUGUACAUGAUAGAGAAUUACGAUUAACAAUUUUCGCGUUUAAACGAGAAUUGUUAAAAUUCUUGAAAUAGAAGAUUAACAAACGAUUUUCGAGGUUUCUUAAUGAUACAGGCAUCAUAUAGUUUUAUAUAAAAGAAGAAACAAAUUAUCUACGCAAUAAAUUGUUCGAAAGAUCUACACUUUGGCCACAAAACAAACUUACGUGAUAUGAAAAUUUUUUAAAUUAUGCGCUUUGAUUGGUUUUGACUAAUCGCAUUCUUACUUAAACGAUCUGUAUUGUGUAAGCAUUAAGUUUUAGCCAUUGGAUUAAAAAAUAAAAGCGUGUUACACGUUAUUACGUUUCUUGCGUUAUCAAGGAGAAUUUUUUGCCAUGUUUGAUUGAAAUAAUUAACACACGUUUAUUUUACUGCAAUGCACGAAACGUAAUAGUCUUGUAACGAACCAGAAUUGUUAUUCAGUAUCCUUGUAAUACAACAUUUAGGUAAUUAUGUACUCACAGUGAAGGACGUGAAAAAAAGACGCACGAAUAAAAAAAAAUGCAAAAUCAUAAUCGAUAAGCUGUAAUCGUGAUGUGUAUGUUGUUGAAAUGGAUAUUAUGCGCAAAGGAACCGCGAAAUUCGUUCUGUGCUCGAACAAAAAACGUAGAAUUAUUUUUUACGAUAAGUAAUAUUAAUAUUCUUAUUGCUAUUAUUACUAUUAUUAUUAUUACUAUUAUUAAUAUUAAUACGAUAGGGAUUCUGCGUUAUUUUGUUUAUUUUGUUAACUGCUAUGCAGGUUUAGUCACGGUGAUGACGAUUUGAUCUGUUCAGUAAGCUAGAUAGCAUAUGAUGUCGAAGAUGAUGUAAUUAAUUGAUUGUGAAUUAAAAUGAUCAUGUUCAGUGACCGGAAUAAAACGAUAAGUACUUGUUUCUCGCAGUGAGACAAAUUUUACUGGAACCGUUCUAUUCCGACAACACUCGAUGUAAUGCAACGAAGAGCCUGGGGCUCCCGUUAGAUCCUUCUUAUUAAUGUAAUACUGGGACUGAAAUAACGACAAAUUGUCAGAUGAGAAACAACAAAAAUGAACGACACUGAAACUAAACGCAAUUUAUAUUCGCUUGCUUAAUACGAGGGGGCGAAACAGAAGGUUUCAUGCAUAACUAACAUUCUGACUAUUUAAAAAGAAAUAUGUAUACAUAUAAACAAUGCCUUACGACGUCGUAUCAUCGCUGCAUCCGUGCAUCGGACAAUCCGAAUCGAUGUAAAAGUAAAAAGUAAAAAAAAUGGAACGCUGAGCAAAGUAGAAUUUUUGGCACGCAGGACCUGUCUCGUUGUGAUAAUAAACGUCAUCGUAAUUUACUAGCCGAAUGUUGGAGCUCUAUUUUUCUUAAGGUAUCACAUAUUAUUAGUCCAUACUUAGCGUUUUUUAUAGAAAAUACGUCGUGAAAUGAGUCUUUUUACCUGUCUUGCGUGUGAGAUAAUGACCACAUUUGAAACGGGUUAUAUUUGCAAUAGCAAGACUCACGACCGAGUUAAUCUUUCCUUUCCUUUAUUUUCUCUUUUCGAAUAUUAGUAUAUAAUUCAUUUCUUCUCGCUAAUGUACACGCAAUUAGGUAGAAAGAACGAUUAUGGAUGUACCAAUCCAUCGUCGAAUUAAGAAGAAUCGUGCCAUAGAACGUUACGUGUAAUAUCGUCGUCAUUUUUAUUUUCUAUUUUAUCCAUUGUACCUUACUAUUAUUUUUAUUUCUUUUUCAGAACACCAAAUCGAGAGAAACGGUCGAGUUCUUUUUCGAGAUCCAAAAUUGUACGUCUGCACGGUACGGAUUUUUUGUAAAAAGCAUUAAUAUGCUUCGAAUACGUACUAUCGGUGGAAAAUUUGGGACUAAAAUAUUCCAUUUCUGUCCCUACCGAUGAUCAAAGCAGCUAUGAAAUACGUCGAUUGCCACGCACGUGGAUGAUGUUUGAAAUUCCAUAGAAAUCCAUCACCGAUAUUAUUAAGAAUUUUUUUACUUUCUUAAUUAGAAAUAUUCGUAGUAAAUAUUCGAAGUUACGGAUAAUAGAUAUAAUGAAAUAUUGUGAAUUUAAUAGAUAAGAUUUGUUAAAAGUAAGAGUACUACCUAAUGUAAUUUUGAAUAACUCCAACGUGGCAGUCAACGCACGCAUUGAUAUUAAUAUAACAGUGGUCUCAAAUUUUUACCGAUAACGAACAAAAAAAAAAACAAAAAUUGAUGUAAUCGAGGAAGCGUAAGGCACGCAUUAGGAUAGCGGGAAGAAUGAUUGUAAAGCAUUAAGGAAA